GGAAACAUUUGGAAACGUCAGUGUUACUUUUAGAUUUCUUGUGAAAAUAUUUUAGGGAUGGGUUGUUUAAAUUGCACAUUUGGAAAUGUCGUUAUACCGCAACGCUAUGUUGCGUGUGUUAUGGCCUUUCUUGCCAUUGUUAAUUCAUAUACAAUGCGUGGAUGCUUAAAUCUAGCUAUAACGGAAAUUGUUCAAGGCAAAGGGAAGGCUGCUCCUGUAAGCGAAUGUAACGUCACAAGCGCUCCUAUUGUCAAUAAGAAUGAAGAGAAAUACGAAUGGGCACCCGAGCAAAUAGCUACAGUUUUAACUGCUUUUUAUUAUGGGUAUGUGCCGUCGCAUGUACCUGGUGGAUUUUUGUCAGAUGUAUAUGGUGCUAAAUUUGUUCUUAUGGUUGAUGUUAUUGUAUCCAUUUUUGUCACCCUUCUAACGCCAAUGACGAUUGUUAUGGGAAGUUGGAAAUUUCUUUGCCUGCUUAGAGCACUAAUGGGUUUAGUACAGGGACCUUUAUUUCCCGCUACGGCCACCUUGCUUGCUAAAUGGGUACCAAAGUCUGAACGCGCACGAGCAGGUACGUGGGUAUUCACCGGUGCCCAAGUUGGCAGUAUUUUUGGUUAUCUUGUUUCUGGUUUCAUAAUGGGAUAUAUGAAUUCAUGGAAAGCGGUUUUUUAUUUUUGGGGAAUUAUAUCAAUUGUUUGGGUAGUAGCAGCGCAAUUUUUACUUUACUCGGAACCAGCAACCCAUCCCCGUAUUACCCAAGAAGAAAAUGAAAUGCUAGUGCGGGAAAUAGGUAUUCCUGAAAGAUUAAGCGUUCCAUGGUUAGCAAUGUUAACAGAUUCCGCAGCUAUUGCGUGUAUAUCUGGUUGGUGCGGGCACGCGAUAAAGUUUUACUACAUCAAUACGAAUCUGCCAUUGUAUAUAAAAGAUGUACUAAAGUUUAAUGUAAUCGAAAAUGGCGUAUUUAACGCAAUUGCUUACGCAGCACUUUGGAUAUUCGCAAGCGUUGCUGCUGUAGUUUGCGACAUGACGAUUAAUCGGAAUUGGAUGUCUGUGAUGGUUUCUAGAAGAGUAUUCGCGUUUAUCGGAAAUGUCUUUCCUGCUACUGCUUUGAUGGUAACUGGAUUUGUGGGUUGUCAUCGCAAUUGGGCGAUCGUUACCAUAAUUCUAUCUACUGCACUACAAGCGCCCGUUUACUGUAGCAUCAGAGUGAAUGUGCUAGAUUUGACCAAAAAUUAUGCUGGGAUAUUAACAGCAUUCGUAAAUGGAAUUGGAGCUUUGGCGUACUGGCCUGUACCAUAUUUGAUAGCAGGAAUUGCAGGCGAUAAUAAAAUUAGAAGUUGGUGCAUACUGUUCGAAAUAAUGUUUGGUGUGUCGUGCUUUUUCACCUUAAUAUAUCUAAUAUGGGUACGUGGAGAAAGGAGAGAUUGGGAUAAAAUCGAAUAAACGCUUGUUGUCCACUUUUCAUGGAAUGGAAAUGAUAUUAAAUAUCUAAUAUAAUUAAUUUUAAAUUAAAAUUAUUUGAUCUUAAUUAUUUGCCUAAUAUAAAGCACUGUGCACAUACAUUAGGUUUUGAACGGCUUCAAUAUCUGUCUCACUCGAGUUUUUCUACUUAUUUUGAGCAUCAAUAAGUUAAACGUUAUGUUUGUCCAAAUUGUCAAAUUCAAAUAUUGAAAUACUAGAACAAUUUCAAUCUAAAGUUCUUCGGACUGUAUUAAAUGCUUCUUGGUACGUACCUAACAAAAUAAUAACCAAUGAUCUGAACAUGGGCAGUGUUAAAGAAGAAGUGUCCAAUCUAACAUGGAAAUACGCUGACCGUCUAAAAAACCACCCUAACGCACUGACCAAAACACUAAUGAAUCCACAUCCGUACAGAAGAAGACUGCGUAGAUACCACUCGUGUGACCUAUCUAAUAGGUUUUAGCACUAUC